AUGAAAACAUGGAGUGCACUAACUGUGGCACAAAAAAUACAAGUGCGUGGAGACGAAGUGCAGAGGGCAAAAGCGAAUGCAAAUUGGCAAGCGCGCGCGGCAACACUCGAAAAUGUGGGAAUUCUUGCGCUGCGUUCAAUUCCCCUCCAGCACCUCAUUGCAAGCGCAUGCAACUUGUUCUUCCGGAAGAACGGAAGGAAACGGCCGGCAUCGAUGCGUCGCGAUACAAUCUCGCGUCGCUAUCGCCUUUCGCGGUGUGACCUAUGUGCAAUGGAGGCUCAGGGUGGACAGACGGAUUUCGCGCAGUUUCAGAAAGCUGUAGCACGGCACAGAAGGAAUGGGAAGGCAUCAGCAAAGGCUCAUGUACAACAAGCAAGUGAAGCACCCCUUCCUCCUCCACUUCCAGGAAACCAGACCAAACCGCUCCUGCCGAGCCACCAUUCUUCGUACCUCAUCCGGACUUUCCACCGAAUUUCCCACCAUUCAUACCGCCAAACAUGGACUACAAUCACCACAAUCCUGUAA